AUGAGCCGAUCAAACAAUCGUAUGUCAGAUUAUUUACUGAAUUCAGCAGAACAUGAAGGUGCAUCGUUAUUUCCAUCUGGUUUACUUAUGUAUGAUCUACCGUCACUGCGUCGAACAGCAUCUCGAGCUUCGAAUAAUGUUGAAUUGAUGAAUCGAGAACCACCGAAAAAAAAACGAUCACCAUCGCCUGUUACUUCCUCUGCAUCUUCAUCGUCAUUAGCCGACGGUGAUUUUCCUAUUGAUGAUCAACCGAAUCGACAAAAUUUAACAACAUCUGAAGAUUGGUGGCGUCAAGCCAUCGAACCAGUACCAAUAAAAAAGAUUCCUGUCUCUCAAUCAGCAUUCAGUAUGAAUGAUGAUGAUAUAUCAAAUGAUACAAAUCAACUAUUUUCUCUAUUAACAUCAUUUAAUUCAACUCAACGAAUAGUUGUUCAUAAUCAACUAUUAACUAGUUUAACACAAACCUAUUCUGAUAAAGCAAUUGAUUAUGUAAAACAAUGUUAUGCAUGUCGUUCGGUACCAAACUUAAAUAUUUUAAUAAAACGUGGCUUAGUAAAAAUUAAUAAAGAAAAAUCUAUUCGAAUAGCCAUUAGUAAUAAAAAAGAAAUCUUUGCACAAUUAGAUAAAAACGGGAAAAUUUUAUCUACAUUUGAUAAUCGACUAUUUGAUUCGAUAGAACAAUUCUAUGAAGCGUAUCAAUCACGUCGUAAACGAAAUGAAAAUUUAGAUACGAUUUAUCAAUCUGUAUAUUGGUAUGAUCAAACAUUUCAUUCACUGUUACUUGAAUAUGCUGAAACAAUUGUGAAGAUUUCCGGUAUGAAAACUCGACUGAUUGCCGACAAUGAACUUUUAUCAAACAAUGCUUCAAUUGAUAAACUACCGAAAGAAAUUCUUUGUCAAAUCAACUGUUGGAAAGAAGGUCGAAAUGAAAUCGAUUUGUAA